UUUGCUGCUAUCAGCAGUGGCAUGCAGAUGUUAGAAGAAAUGAAUGUCAGUUAUGAGAGAUUCGCAAGCGCUGACAGGCAGAUACAGGAUGCUCUUGCUUGCUAUACAGAAAUAUAUAAUAAAAAGAAGAAACAAACUGAACAGUCAAAACUCGUCUUCCUGAAGAACACUAUGCUUGCUGAACCAUCAAGUGUUGCUGCCUCAGUGCCUUCUACCAGCCAUCCUCGAGCCUCGUCAGAAGAGAGAAAUUGAUGACCCUGUUGCCAUAGCAUUCCCAUCAUCCAGCUAUUAAUUUUAUUUCAAUGCUUCAAACAUUUUUCAGGACCAAGGUGCUUUCAGCUGCGUAUUUUAAUGAUGCUCUCCAGAUCCUUAGUUAUGGAAUAUUUGGCUCAUCCGGGUGCACUCAGCUUAGCAGUUGGGGUUGCUUGUGGCAUGUGUCUGGGCUGGAGCCUCCGAGUACGCUUUGGGAUGCUCCCCAGAAGCUCAGUGAGCAAGACAGAAACAUAUACUGGAACUGAAGCAAGCAUCUUGGGAGAGAGUGGGGAGUACAAAAUGAUUCUUGUGGUUCGAAAUGACUUAAAGAUGGGAAAAGGAAAAGUAGCUGCCCAGUGCUCUCAUGCUGCUGUUUCUGCCUACAAGCAAAUUCAAAGAAGAAACCCUGAAAUGCUCAAACAGUGGGAAUACUGUGGCCAGCCCAAAGUGGUGGUAAAAGCUCCCAAUGAAGAAACCCUGAUUGAAUUAUUGACUCAUGCGAAAACGCUAGGACUGACUGUAAGCUUAAUCCAAGAUGCUGGACGUACUCAGAUUGCACCAGGCUCUCAAACUGUCCUGGGGAUUGGGCCAGGACCAGCAGACCUAAUUGACAAAGUCACUGGUCACCUAAAACUUUACUAGGUGAGCUUUUAUAUGAUGAUGAUGAUCCCUCUAUCACAACUGUUUGAAGCUUGUCAGAUUCUAAUAAUAAAAGCUGAAUUUCUCCCCCCAUUUUAAAUGUUCUUGAGAUGAAAAUAAAAUCCAUUCCUGUGUUCUA